UGGGGCGCAGCUCGGCGCCGCCACAGUCCACGACGAGCGCGCGGCCGCGCCACCGAGCACCCGACUCGUUCCCGCGCGAACCGGAAAAUUGGCGCGAAAAUGCCGAACUGUCAAAACGCAUGAUCGGCAUUCACAUUUUUCUGCAAACUCGUUGCAACGACGCGAACUUAUACAGCCACGGACUUUACUUGUGAAGUAGAUGUAAUCAUUCGGAUGCUUUUAUUUUCGGUUUAGAAUACGACGAUCUUUUAUCUUAAUGGUGAUUUUAUCGAUAAAAGAUAUUGUUGUUAACAAGACGACUCUUUGCUGACCAAAUAACACGUUGGUCUAGUACAAGAAAAGACAAUUUGUAAGUGUUAAUAAAUAUUAAACGAACAAUGAAAAUGGUGAAUUUACCUGUGAUUAUGUUGGUGUUUGUCUUGGCGGUGGGUCGCGAGGGCGUGCUGUCGUCGGCGUGGUCGCGCGAGCUGCGCUGCGGGCGGCGCCUGGUGUCGGGGCUGUUCUCGCGGCCGCGGCUGCCGCUCGGCUACUCCUACGUCGCCACCGUGCCGCGCGGAGCAUGCAGGCUCAAUGUCUCCGAAGUUACACCCAGUGAUAACUACAUAGCGUUGAAAGUAUCCAACGGGUCGUACAUAAUGAACGGCGAGUUCGCGGUGUCGGCGCCGGGCACGUACGAGGCGGCGGGCGCGCGCUUCCACUACGCGCGCGACGGCUCGCGCGACGCAGUGUUCGCGCACGGACCCAUACACCAUCCCAUCGAUAUCAUGAUUCUAUAUACGCAACCAAAUCCGAACAUAAAAUACGAAUACUUAACUGACUUAGAACCAGACGAAACAAGUAACGAUAUACCGACAAUCAAUCCUGCUCCUCACCACGCUGCGCAACGCCACCACCGGCAUCACAACACAGAGGCACACCUCAGAGACCUGGAGACGAAAUCCGACCCUUCAUUGUCGAAGUUGCCAAAUUUCAACAAUUUGGAGAGUCAAUCGCAAGUAGAGAGCAAUGUGAUAGGCAGCAGGAAAUUCGUGUGGAAGAUUCUAGAGUUCUCACAAUGCUCACGUAGUUGUGGAGGAGGACUGCAGAUUGGAAAGUUUAAGUGUGCUGAAAUAACGGACAAAGGAGAUAAAGAGGCGUCUCCCUUCCAUUGUAACGGUGCUCCUCCCCCGGCGCGUCGGCGUCGCUGCGGAGGAACCCCGUGUCCCCCACGUUGGAGAUCAGCAGCCUGGGGUCCCUGCCCUGUCUGUGGACCCGCUCACAGAACUCGAAUUGUGGGCUGUGUACAGGACCAUGCCCGCGGAAUUACCAAGAUAAGCGACCAAAAAUGUCCAUUACCCAUGCCUCCGAGCAGUGAGAUGUGUGACAUUCCUAACUGUGAUGGUACGGCUGCCACGACGAGCAUACCGCGGCUGGAUGCGAGACGUCAAGUGCGACCCAAGGACCGCACUGACACCUUCAGAGAAGGACCAGUGAUAUCCCUUGCUACUAACUUGACUGAUAAUGAUAUUGGAACCACCCCUGCACCGAGCUACAGUCACAGCGCUGGCGGAGGAUGGCUGUAUACGGAGUGGUCUCAGUGCGUGGGCUGGUGCGUGGGUGGAGGGGUACAAUCUCGAGGUGUUCGCUGCGUGGAUCCGAACGGAUGCACUACACAUCGCGCGCCUGAACAAACUCAAACUUGUUCCGUUAGGAAGCAGUGUGAUGCUCAGUGGUUCACUGGUGAAUGGUCACCCUGUUCUGCAACGUGCGGCGGCAAGCAAGUCCGCGGCGUGAUCUGCAUAGGGGGCAACGGCAGAAGGCUUCGUGACUCCUCGUGCAGGGGAAACAAGCCUGAAGCUGAGCGCGCCUGUGGUGGCGCGUGCAGCCCUUCGUGGUACCUUAGUGAUUGGACUGAGUGCCAAGGUCCAUGCGAGGCUGGAGUGCAAUCCCGCACGGUGUGGUGCGCGCGAGGCGGUGUAGAGGGCGCGAGCGGCGCCGCGCGUGACAACGAGUGCGCAGGAGUGCGGCCGCCGGCCAAACGCACCUGUGUGCCUUCACGCUGUUCUACCAGGCCGGCUGUCAAGACUGCUGUCGUUAAUGCACCUCCUUCAGUUUCGGAUCCACAACAACGCGUGACAAGACACCAAAGCCAUGCCGCUCAGAAUGUGAAAGACAGAUCUUAUGCUGAUGGAGCAUGCGUGGACAAGUUGAACAACUGCGCGCUGGCGGUGCAAGCGCGGCUGUGCCAUUACCCGUACUACACCGACUACUGCUGCAAGUCCUGCCACGGACGGUAAAUCAUCAGGAAUGGAGUACAAGCAGUAACCACUAAGGCGCUAUGACACGUAUUGUGAUACAAAAUGGACGCAUAGUGAGAAUACAUUAUGUUAACAAGUAACAAGCCGAGAACCGCGGAACACAGCCGUCACUGAUCUACGCGAUCAAAUACUCACUGUUACAAAGAAUCCUUUCACGAAGAAAGUGGAACGCGUAACUUCGCUUCGAUUAAUACGUUAGGAAAGGUAUCAAAGCUAAUGCACCGAGUGUUAAGUCUGAAUCAAACCAAAGUGAAACAGACUAAGACUUAGAUAUCGGAUUGACUUACCUAAAUGACUCAUUCAAAUGCUCUAUGAAAAUGUUAACUCAAUGUUCUAUUGUGCUUCACACUAAAAUGUUGACGACGAGUACAGCAGUGUGCGCGCGGCUCAAUAUCUAAGUGAACUGUAAACGUUCGAGUUUCUGUAAGUAUUAGGAAUAGUUUUGUGAUCUCCAGAUUGUUUAGUCGAGUUUUGGAGUCGAUCUGUGAACUGUAGUACUUUCGAAAUUAAAAAAAAUGUUUAUCUUUUACAUUAUAUUGCACGACAUGUUAUCGAGUUCAGCACCUAUACGCGUAGAUUUGUUUAUAACAUGCCUGUAACCUAGUAAUGGAAACGCAUUUUACUGAAUUUCGUAUUCUGUGUAUUACAUUAGAGAUUAAUUAAUAAGCAUGUUUGGAACUACAGUUCAUUUUGCAUUUGUAAUGCAACUUAGGCUAUGCUAUCUAGAUUAAGAACAAAAUAGUAUUUCUUAUUGUUGUAAUAGUUUCUUCGGUAUGUACUUAUAGAAACUAUAAUGCUGGAUCCACACGUCUUCUAAUUAAUUUUAUAAACAUUUGUCAGUGAGGGAUGUCGGUGUAACAAUGUAACAGUUACGCUUGACGUCCCUCGCCGUGACGAACGUUCGCGGGCGUGUGGUGCAGGCAUCAGUGUUCAUAAUAACUUAUUACACCGAUUCUAUUGUCAAAGAGUCAGUUCUGUAUUAUUAAAGAGUCGAGUUGUGUAAAUAGAUAAUUAUUUUUAUAUGUAUAGUGCAUUUACUUACUGGCUGUUAAGUAUUUAUACGAUUGUAUUAGUUAAAACAUUGUACCAUCACAAUAAUGUAUGUAUUAAUUGGUUUUUCGCUAAAAGUAACUAGAGUUUUGCCUACCGUUUAAUAAAUUUUUGUCUGUACUAAUGAUGCAUAUAACAAUGUACAAAAAUAAUAAGCUUUAAACACUG